AUGUUGCCUUUAUCUUUAUUAACAGCAACGCAAGGCCACCCUAUGCUGGUUGAACUUAAAAAUGGAGAAACAUAUAAUGGACACAUGGUGAAAUGUGAUACAUGGAUGAAUUUAAUUUUAAAGGAAGUUGUACAAACAAAUGCUGAUGGUGAUCGGUUUUUUCGGCUUCCAGAGUGUUAUAUUAGAGGAAGUAAUAUUAAAUAUUUACGAAUACCUGAUGAGAUUAUUAAUAUUGUUAAAAUGCAAAAUGAGAGAAAUCGUGAUAAUAGAAAUCAAAGGGGAAUUUCGAGGGGAGGGCGUGGUAUUAUUAGUGGAAGAGGUCGUGGAAUGCAAAAUACUCAAGGACGUGGAGGGCGUAGCGAUAGAGGUCGUAGUCGCAAUCUUGGAUAA